ACACACUUUUUCUUUAUUCAUAUGAGUAUAGGCUCAACGAUUAGUAGUUUGAUUGGAUGGUGUUACUUUGUUGCUUGGUCUUUUAGUUUUUAUCCUCAAACUAUUCUCAACUGGAAAAGAAAAAGUGUACAAGGGCUUUCUAUAGAUUUCCUCUGUUAUAAUGUCUAUGGUUUUCUCUGUUAUUGGAUCUAUAACAUGUCCUUCUUUUUCAGUCAUGAAAUACAAGACGAAUAUAAACAAAGAAAUCCUGAAUCGAAUGGUAGUCUUGUUCGAUUCAAUGAUGUUGUGUUUGCUAUGCAUGCAUUUCUGGUAUCUUCUUUUACUUUAAUGCAGACAUUUUACUAUAAAAGAGAUAAUGAUCAAACAGUAUCAUCUGUAGCCAAAUAUUUUUUUGUUGUUACAGGUAUAGGUAUCAUUGGCUUCUUGUUUGUGAUCAGCAUAAACAAAGCAUGGUGGAUUGAUCUUUUGUACUAUCUGAGUUUUAUUAAAAUGGCUGUCAGUCUGAUCAAAUACAUGCCUCAAGUCUGGAUUAACUACAAGCGUAAAUCAACCGUUGGCUGGAGUAUUCAUAACAUUUUACUGGAUUUCACAGGUGGAGUCUUGUCCAUCUCGCAGUUAUUUUUGGAUGCAAGUUUAAAUGGUGAUUGGAGUGGUGUUUCUGGAAAUCCAGUGAAAUUUGGUCUUGGAUUACAGUCAAUUGUAUUUGAUGUAGUAUUUAUGAUGCAACACUAUAUUCUAUACCGAGAAAACAACGAUAAGUCAGAUGAAGAAGAAACUAGACAGCUUAUGGAUGAAGAACAAGAAUGAAGAGUUACACAGAAUUCAUUUUAAAAAUAAACUUGUUUCCAUCAUUUUCUUUUUCA